AUGGUGCAUCGCCGUGCGCCUGCAGAUGCGCGGCCGGCGGGGCGUCCGCGCGAUGGGCCGCUCAAAGCCCGCUUUGUGCUCUCGUCCAACGAUGGCGCGCACCUGCUUCUGGACGCUGCCGAGAAGGACCUCGCCGAGCAAAAGAUGAGCAUUCGCCACAAGCUCUCGAACCUCGAAAUGUUUUUGAACGCCAAAGACGGUGACAGCGACGACGACGAGACCCUCGACGUCGACGCGAAAGCGGCCGCGCGCCGGCCUGCGGAACCCGCGUACGAGCGCCUCUCCAACAUGGACACGCCGCGGCGUCGACGGCAGCGCGUCCGGUCCAUGAUCCUAACCAAGUCGAGGCGCCCUAAAGUUCCCGUGCCUGGUCCCAAGUCGUACGAAGAGCUUGAGCGGUUGAUGCAGACGCUGGACACGACCUUGGCCGACAAGUACGACGACGUGCGUGCCAAGCACGACGUCUUUCAGAUUGCGAUCAACCAUCUCUCGGACGAGAACAUCGCGCGGCAGCGAAAGCUCAUCAAGUUCAACCUGCUCCAGGAAGAGAUCGACCGCAUGCAAUAUCAUGUGAGCCGCGCCGCGACGCUGCACGUUCAAUACGAUGAGGAGCGAUUACCGCGCACGGCCGUGUACCGUCACGCGUCGCGCUUGGCCGACUACCAAAGCCACGGCGUGCGCAUCUACAACCUCGCGCCGACGCCAGUCGAGGCGACCGAUCGCGUGCUCGUGCCCCGGCAGUUUGCACCGAUGCCGCACACGCCGCACAAUGCUACCAAGUCAACGGUGGCGCGGCGCAGCAGGGACGACAGCGACGGUGACGAGUCGUGGGCCUUUCUCGCCAACUCGACCAACGCCACCGCCCUCGACGACCGCCCGACCAACGACAGUCGUCGCAGCACCCACCAGCUUGCGUAG